CAAAAGACCCGCCAAUAACAAAACGGAAAAUGGUGGAAGCAUUCUGUUUUAAAAUAUAAACUAGAAGUCCCAGAAUUAUUUGUUAUUGGUAGAAAGCUUGCUCAGACGUUCUGUUUUAAAGAAGGUUGCAAUUGGAAUUUUCUUUUUCACCGACAGAUGACUUCCUCCGGUCCUCUGAAGGCACUUUUUGACAAGAUGAAUCAUGGUGGAGAUGAAACGCAGGGUGCAGUAGCAGUGAAGCCAAAGAAAAAAGCAGCUAGUUCAAAAGAGAAUGAAAAUAUGGAUGAGUACUUCGUUCCAGAUAGUGGUGCAGGUGAAGGAAAGGGGUCAAAGAAAAGAUUGUCCAUUGAAAGAAUAUACCAAAAGAAAACCCAGCUAGAACAUAUUUUACUGCGUCCAGACACAUACAUCGGAUCAGUAGAAAGUGUUACUCAGCCAAUGUGGGUGUUAAAUGACGAUAUGGACCUGAUGAUACAAAGGGAUAUAACUUUUGUGCCAGGAUUAUACAAAAUAUUUGAUGAAAUACUCGUGAAUGCUGCUGAUAAUAAGCAACGAGAUCCAAAGAUGAACUGCAUCAAAAUUGACAUUGACCCGGCAGCCAAUAAGAUCAGGGUAUGGAACAACGGACGAGGUAUCCCAGUGGUAGAACACAAAGAGCAUAAUAUGUAUGUUCCUACAAUGAUUUUUGGUCAUCUUCUAACGUCCAGUAACUAUGAUGAUACACAGAAAAAGGUUACAGGUGGGAGAAAUGGUUACGGUGCUAAAUUGUGCAAUAUAUUCAGCAAGAAGUUUGUUGUGGAGACCUCGUACAAGGAAUAUCACAAAGGAUUUAGACAGACAUGGCAAGACAACAUGGGGAAGACAAAAGAGCCAUCCAUCACUGAAGCUAAAGAUGAAGAUUUUACAGCUAUCACAUUUUACCCGGAUCUUGAGAAGUUCCGAAUGGAGACGCUUGAUAAAGAUACAGUAGAUCUGUUCACUAGAAGGGCUUUUGACAUCGCUGCAGCUACAAAAGAUGUUAAAGUGAUCUUGAAUGGCAAGAGGGUACCUGUUAAGAACUUCAGAGAUUAUGUGAACCUGUUCAUUAAAGACAAAGUAGAUGAGGCAGGUGCACCAGUGAAGUUGGUACAUGAAAUUGUUAGUCCUAGGUGGGAGGUUGCUGUCACAUUGAGUGAUAAAGGUUUUCAACAAGCCAGCUUUGUAAACAGCAUUGCCACUACUAAGGGAGGGCGUCAUGUUGACCAUGUUACUGACCAAGUUGUCAAGAAAUUGAUAGAAGUUGUGAGCAAGAAAAACAAGGGAGGUGUUCAGAUCAAGCCUUUCCAGGUGAAGAACCAUUUGUGGUUGUUUGUAAACUGUUUAAUAGAGAAUCCAACAUUCGACUCACAGACGAAAGAGAACAUGACCUUACAGGCAAAAUCAUUUGGCUCCAAGUGUCAGCUGUCGGAAAAAUUCAUCACACAGGUCAGCAAGUGUGGUAUUGUUGAAAGCAUACAGAGUUGGAUGAAGUUCAAGGCCCAGUCACAGCUGAAGAAAGUUAGUGGUGCCAAACAGAACAAAUUGAGGGGUAUACCCAAACUUGAUGAUGCUAACGAUGCUGGAACGAAACACUCGCUUGAUUGUACCCUCAUCCUGACUGAGGGAGAUUCAGCUAAAACUUUAGCUGUUGCUGGUCUUGGUGUUGUGGGGCGUGACAGGUAUGGUGUGUUCCCACUGAGAGGUAAAGUGUUGAAUGUACGAGAAGCUUCUCAUAAACAGAUUAUGGAGAACGCUGAAAUCAAUAAUGUUGUAAAGAUCAUGGGACUUCAGUUCAACAAGAAGUAUGAGGACCAUGAUCAGCUGAAGAUGUUACGAUACGGCAAGAUAAUGAUCAUGACAGAUCAGGACCAGGACGGCUCCCAUAUCAAAGGCUUGCUCAUAAACUUUCUACAACAUUUCUGGCCAAAUCUGCUCAAACACAAUGUUGUCAAUCAGUUUAUCACACCCAUUGUCAAGGUAACUAAGGGUAAAGAAGAGCAAUCGUUCUACAGUUUACCGGAGUUUGAAGAAUGGAAAGCAGCCACUAGUAACUGGAACACGUGGAAGAUAAAGUACUACAAAGGUUUGGGUACUAGCACCUCUAAGGAGGCAAAAGAGUACUUCAGCGACAUGAACAGACACAAGAUAGAGUUCAGAUACACGGGGGCUGAUGAUGAUGCCUCAAUUAAUCUGGCAUUCAACAAAAAGAAGGUGGACGAGAGAAAGGAAUGGUUGUCUCAUUGGAUGGAAGAAAAGAAACGAAGAGCUGAGAUGGGCUUACCAGCUCUUUAUCUUUAUGGAAAAAACACCAGGAGUGUCACAUUCAACGAUUUCAUCAACAGAGAACUCAUUCUAUUCUCCAACAUGGAUUUAGAGCGGUCUAUUCCCUCUGCGGUGGAUGGUUUGAAGCCAGGUCAAAGAAAGGUGUUGUUUACCUGUCUGAAGAGAAAUCUUGUCAGCCGUGAGAUCAAGGUUGCCCAGCUGGCUGGGUCAGUAGCUGAGUUAUCAGCGUACCAUCAUGGUGAGGUAUCAUUAAUGGGUACGAUUAUUGGCUUGGCACAGAACUUCGUCGGAAGCAAUAAUUUGAACCUGCUGCAACCUUUAGGUCAGUUUGGUACAAGAUUACAUGGUGGCAAGGAUGCUUCCAGCCCCCGUUACAUCUUCACAAUGCUCAGUUCACUGACAAGGAUGCUGUUCCAUGUGAAUGAUGAGCCUUUGCUGAAUUUCCUCUAUGAUGACAAUCUGAGGAUAGAACCGGAGUGGUAUUGUCCAAUUAUUCCUAUGGUUCUGGUGAAUGGUGCUGAUGGUAUUGGUACUGGAUGGAGCACAAAGAUCCCCAACUUCGACAUUCGAGAAAUUGUUGCCAACUUGAAACGCAUGCUUGAUGGUGAUGAGCCCUUGCCUAUGUUUCCAUCGUACAAGAAUUUCAAGGGGACCAUUAAUCAAUUGGUAGACAAUAGAUAUGUUGUGAAUGGUGAGAUCUCGAUUAUUGAUGAUCAAACAGUGGAGAUUACUGAGUUACCAGUGAGGAAGUGGACCCAGGAUUAUAAAGAGGAUGUUAUAGAAGCUAUGCUGAACACCUCAGAAAAGUCGCCACAGCUUAUCACAGAUUAUAAAGAGUACCACACAGAUACGACAGUGAAAUUUGUUGUGAAAAUGACGCCAGAGAACCUCGCAAAGGCUGAAGAGCAAGGAUUGCAUAAAGUGUUCAAGUUGCAAAAUACUUUAACGACUACUUCCAUGGUGUUGUUUGAUAGAAAUGGGUGUAUAAAAAAAUACAACUAUGUGGAGGAAAUUCUACGCGAGUUCUUUGAGCUUCGUCUAGAAAUGUAUAAAAAGAGAAAGGAUUACCUUGAAGGGAUGUUGGCAGCAGAGUCUCUCAAGUUUGACAACAUUGCUCGAUUUAUUAUGGAGAAAAUUGAGGGGACCAUUACCAUCGAAAAUAAGAAAAAGAAGGACCUGAUAGAAACGUUGGUGAGAAGGGGCUAUGACUCUGAUCCAGUCAAGGCCUGGAAAAAUGCCCAAAACAAGGGAAAGAUGAUAGAUGAAGAUCUGAACAAUGACAAGGAAGAUGAGGAGGAGGAGUCUGGUCCCGACUUUAACUACAUACUCAAUAUGCCCCUCUGGUGCUUGACCAAGGAACGCAAAGAUGAACUAUGUGGAAAACGAGAUGCCAAGGCCAAGGAAUUGUCAGAUCUACGCAGAAAAUCACCUACAGAUCUAUGGCAAGAUGAUUUGGAGCAAUUCUUGGAAGAAUUAGAUAGAGUGGAACAGAAGGAAAGGGAAGAUGAUGAUGCUGGUUUGUCUGGUAACGUUAAGAAGGUUGGUAAGGGAAAGAGGCCGAAAAAGGUUGUGGAAGAAAUUAAACCAUCUCCCAUGGGACGUCGUGUAGAACCAAGGUUUGAUUCAAUCAAAAAGAAGGCUGAGGGGACCAAGCGCAGUAAGGAGAAGAAGGAAGCUAAUAAGGAAGGAAAGAUUCUCGACUUUUUCAAGAUGGAGGAUGACGAGACCAACGAACCAUUAUCACUGGCAGACAGACUCAAACUCAAGGGAAGUCCUGUAGAUGCCAUCAAGGGAGGGGACAAAGAAACAAAAAAGGCAGCACAGAAAAGAGAGCCUAAAGCUCCAAGACAAAAGAAAACAACCUCGGCUUCCCCUAAGAAGAAGGGAGGUAAGAAGCGCAACCCAUGGUCGGAUGAGUCCGAGGCAGAAAAGAGUGAUAUAUCAGAUGACAUGAAUGGCAGUUUCCUGGAAACAGUACCUGUAAUACCUAGAGAAGGGUCAAGGAGAGCAGCAGCAAAACAGGUGAAAUACUUUGACAUUGAAGAUGAAAUAGAAAGUGAUGGAGAGGGUUCAUUAGUUGAUAACAGAGCAGUGAUUGAUGAAGAGGUAGUGCCAGAGAAGAUCUCAGAUAUCAGUGAUGAUGACUCAGAUUUUGGAGCUGCGCUGAAGAAAUCUAAGCCCCCAGCAAAAAAGCCAGCCGUGACCAAGAAGUUUGCGGAUAGUGAUGAUGAUGAUUCAUUCAAGAUCUCAGGUGACAGUGGAGAUGACUCUGAUUUUGGUGCAAAAAAGAAAUCAAAACCUACGAAGAAGAAAGCAGAGCCAGCAAAGAAGAAGGCAGUUAUGAUAGAUUCCGACUCCGACUUCGGUGGCACUGACAAUGCUGUCCCCACCAGAACGGAGGAUAAAGACGAUGAAUGGUUAAGAAUUACAGGACAGAAACCUGAUAAUUCAUCCCAGUCUACAGUAACAACCGCGAAAACAAACUCUGAGCCAGUCAUGUUUGAUGAUAGUGACAUAGAGGAAACUAGUCCACCAAAAGAAGAACUGUUUAAACCUGUCCAACCUUUGAAAGUGGAUAAGAAGCCAGCAGCCAAGAAAACCGGCUGGGAGAAAACCCUAAACUCCCCCAAAAAAAGAAAGCAGAAAAAAAAGGCACAGUAUUGA